AUUAAAAAAUGACAACCGGAUAUUACUCCAUUUUGCAUUGGUCUUUUCCUUCUCUCUUUCUUUCGAAACGUGGAAACGUCAACAUUAAGUUGAAUUUCACAUCGUGCUGCUAAAAAUUAAUAUAAUUUUUACAAAUUUAACGCAAAAUGCCGCGUGAAAUUAAAGAAGUCAAGGAAUUCCUAAACACAGCCCGCAGAUCAGAUGCGCGUGCUGUGAAAAUAAAGAAGAACCCAUCCAACACCAAGUUCAAGAUUCGUUGCUCACGUUUCCUCUACACAUUGGUCGUUCCAGACAAGGAGAAGGCCGAGAAAAUCAAGCAGUCUCUUCCUCCAGGUCUCCAAGUUAAGGAGGUUAAGUAAAAAAAGAAUGAGAAUGAAGAUUAUUUUAACCUAAAAAAAAUAAUACAAUUCCCGGAGAGUGUUUUUUUUAAUACAAAGAAAAAAAUCAACAUUUAAUAAAAACUUAUGUUGAGCUAAAA